UCGAGAGUUAACAGUACAUCAAGCCCUCACAGCUCCGCCAGUCAAACUGUAACUCUGUCAGUACUGCGAGUAUUUUUGGCCGCCGAGAGGACCGAGUGAGCUCACUGUGGUCUCUUUUCUCGGACACACUUCGAGAGUCGUUCGUCAGGAGAAGCGGCGCGCGACCGUUUUUCAGCCUGGUCUUUCCUCUUUUUUUCCUUUUUUUUUUUCCUUUUUUUUUUUUUUUUUUAAACCCGGUCGUCCGUGUCCACACUGGAAAUGUCUGAAAACAAACCGAGCGACGAGCCGAAGUUACCGACGACGGACAGGGUGGUGAAAUCUGUCCCGUUCCCCCCCAGUCACCGGCUGACGGCUAAAGAGGUGUUUGACAGCGAUGGAAAGCCCAAAGUCGACGUGCUGAAGGCUCACCUAACCAAGGAAGGCCGCGUGGAUGAAGCUGUGGCUCUCAGGCUCAUCGGGGAAGGUGCCGCGAUUUUGCGCUCAGAGAAGAACCUGCUGGACAUCGAUGCACCUGUCACAGUGUGCGGAGACAUCCAUGGGCAGUUCUUUGACCUGAUGAAGCUCUUUGAAGUCGGAGGAUCGCCAGCUUCCACGCGUUACCUUUUCCUGGGGGACUACGUCGACAGAGGGUAUUUCAGUAUUGAAUGUGUGCUGUACUUGUGGGCCUUAAAGAUCCUUUACCCCAAAACACUGUUUUUGCUGCGUGGGAAUCAUGAAUGUAGACAUUUAACAGAGUAUUUCACAUUUAAGCAGGAAUGUAGAAUUAAGUAUUCAGAGAGGGUGUAUGACGCAUGUAUGGACGCCUUCGACUGCCUUCCUUUGGCUGCACUUAUGAACCAACAGUUCCUGUGCGUACACGGAGGACUGUCUCCAGAAAUCACAAAUCUUGAUGACAUCAGGAAAUUAGACAGAUUCAAAGAGCCUCCAGCAUACGGACCGAUGUGUGAUCUGCUGUGGUCUGACCCUCUUGAGGACUUUGGGAAUGAGAAGAGUCAAGAGCAUUUCACACACAACACAGUGCGAGGUUGCUCCUACUUCUACAGCUACCCUGCAGUCUGUGACUUUCUACAACACAAUAACUUAUUAUCGAUCAUCCGGGCCCAUGAAGCGCAGGAUGCUGGAUACCGCAUGUACAGAAAGAGUCAGACUACUGGCUUCCCGUCGCUUAUCACCAUCUUCUCGGCACCCAACUACCUAGAUGUUUACAACAAUAAAGCGGCCGUGCUGAAGUAUGAGAACAAUGUGAUGAACAUCCGACAGUUCAACUGCUCACCCCAUCCUUAUUGGCUGCCCAACUUCAUGGACGUUUUCACCUGGUCUCUGCCUUUUGUAGGUGAAAAAGUGACCGAGAUGCUCGUGAACGUAUUGAGCAUCUGCUCCAAUGACGAGCUGACAACCGACGAGGAUCUGGAUGGUGCCACAGCUUCUGCCCGUAAGGAAGUCAUCCGGAACAAGAUCCGUGCCAUUGGCAAGAUGGCGAGGGUAUUCUCUGUGCUCAGAGAGGAGAGUGAGAGUGUGCUGACGCUGAAGGGACUGACCCCAACGGGCAUGCUACCAAGCGGCGUGCUGUCUGGUGGUAAAGAAAAGCUACAGAAUGCUACUAUUGAAGCUAUUGAGGCUGACGAAGCCAUCAAGGGCUUCUCGCCUCAGCACAAGAUCACCAGCUUCGAGGAAGCUAAGGGCCUGGAUCGCAUCAACGAGAGGAUGCCGCCACGGCGAGAUGCUCUGCCCUACGAUGCCAGCCUCAACUCCCUGAACAAGGUCCUGUCCUCAGAGACCAACGGCACCGACGGCAAGGGAAGCACCAGCGGUGGCAGCAACAUCCAGUGAAGGCCGGCAGCUGGCACCGUGUCGGCCGUGGAGGCUGCCCCACCCUCAGCCUCAUCACAGCCCGCUGCCGCUACCGCUGCGGAAAAGGGGUAAAGGGUGAUGGGAGUGGAAGUCUUUGGGUAUGCCUUCAAAUACUAGUUUCUAGUCAAAUCUGCUAAGUUAUUGCUGGUUCACAUUUCUGAACAGUCAGGCCUUUGUUGCGCUUGGUUUUACACCACAUGGCAGUAUGUCGGAGAAAGAUCUUAAAGGUGAUUCAUUUUAUUCUUUUUUGUUUGUUUGUUUUUGACAGACCCUUGUUCAUUUACACAGAGAUGAAAAGUUGUGUAACUUCUUACUAUUGUACGUUUACAAAAAUACAGCACUAAAAAGGACAGAACAUGAGAUAAUGUUUUUAACAUAUAAGGGUGUACAAACUAAAUAAGGACUAUUUAUUAAUGACUUUUUGUUUUGUUUUGCUACUCUUAUAAAAUAGCUCUGAAAUUAAUUAGGCAGUCUUAAAAAGAAUGUUGCAAUGUUGUUAAAAUGCCAAAUAAUGGAAACGUUUUAUGGUUUUUGUACAUAUUAUGCUUACCUCAGGUUCUUUUGGUGUGUGCUUUGACCUGAUUUUUCUGUAUAAUGGCUCAAUAGUUCAGUAAGAAAUACCUAUUUUCUUGAGUUUCAUAACUGGAAUUUACAUUUACUGAUCAUUUGCAAUUUUGGGGAGGGAGGGUGGGAGGAUAGGCUUCUUGUGGUUUGCUGGAACUGCAUGUUUUUUUGUUUUGUUUUGUUUUGUUUUUUUUUCCCUUUUUAAGUAUUGCGAACAAAUUAAAAAUCAAAAACCUAUAUUGUAUAAGGAAAAAAAUGACAAACAAAAGUGUCUGCCUAUGCAUGUUUUAUAAAAUUCUAAUGAAAUAGAAAAUCCCAAUACCUUGGCUGCGGAAGCCCAUUUUGAAAUAUAUUGCGCUUUAGUGAACAUAUACUGGAACCGUAUACCUGCAUACUUUCAGAUAACACCAUGAUGCUCUAUGCCUUCAACUUCUUUUGUAAUUGAAGCAUUUAAUUGUGCAAAAUGGACGAGAAAAAUCAUAUUUUUAACCUGCGCUUGUAAGUGCACAGUCUAGUUAAGCAUGUUGGACAAUUCUUGUGAGGUGAUGUGGAAAAAAAAAAUGCAUGAUUAGCUGUUUGUGUCAUAUAACAAGUAAAUUGGUUUGGUUCUGUUUUGUAAAUGUGCCACAAAGUGUAAUUUGAUUAUUAUUACUGUUAUUAUUUGGAACUCUGCUUUGUAUAUCAGUUAUAGGUUUGAUACUGCUCAAUACUUUAAGAUGAAACAAAAAAUAGUCUUUUUCCUUUUUUUUUUUUUUUUUUUUUUUUUUUUUUUUAAAGAACUGCUUAAGUGCCCAAGUAAUUCACUACACGACAUGAAGCCUUGCUUUUGUAAUUUAACUUCAAAACUGUUGGCAGAUGAGGCAUGCACUUGCAGCUAUGAAAAAGUAUUUUAUAUAAUUGUUCAAUAAAAAUGUGCAUGAAUUUCAACUUGAAAUGAACCUGCUUCUCGUGUGCAUAUGUUUGACUCAGUCUGUUCCACAGUCCUCUGCCAAUGAAUAUGCAACCAUCUAAAAUAAAAUUCAAUAUAUUAUGCA